CUUUUCCACAGCAGCUCCACAUCACACCGCGUCCCGGAGCCGUUCACCGAAGUGCUGGGAUUUAACAAAGCAGCCGUAUACACCAGCGGAAAAAAAAUAAAAAAGGUGUCGAAGAAUAAGCGGAACGACAUAGUUUUUGCUUUUGAGUGUAUAUAAUUUAGUUUAUUUUCUCAGUAUCUACUUUUUCCCCCCACUUUACAGCUGACUUUUUAUUUUUUUUGGAAGUUAAGAUGAGGAAUCUGCGGUUGUUGUUCCUCGUCGGGCUGGCGACUGGGUUUGUCAGUGAGAAACUCUUCGUCUCCUCCCAGUCACCCUUCUCCACAGCAGAUGACCUGUACCUAGAGGGUCGAACGUCAGGUGACCUCCCUAUAGAUGAUGAAGACGGUGAAGACGACGGCUCAGGCUCUGGGUCCGGAAAUUAUGCUUUCCCCAACUUCACCGAUCAAGAGGAGAAACUCAUGAGGUUCCUCAACCUCUCCAGGACCACAGUCUCCAAAGAAACGAUUCCAAAUCAACCACAGCCAACAGCAGACUCUCCUCACGACCCACCAACCACAGCAGCAGAUAGCCAGGAUCCACCAACCACAAUGAAGGACUCAGAGAACACUGACGAGGAGAUGGCAGGUAUUGGCCCAACAGCUGAUUGGUUCACACAGAAGACCAGUGUCAGGUCCACCAGAGUGCCUCCCAGUGAAACUACCACAACUGAAUUCAGCAUAGACAUCAGUGUAACCAAAGAUACCGAUGACGACAACAGUCUGGAUAGGUGGGAUGCCACAACACCCAAAGACAAUGGAGAUGAAAUCCAGAUGAGCGAAAAUGAAAUUCUGGUCAAAAAUGGCCAUGGUGGCAGAUUAUAUGAGAUAGACUCUCCAAAAGAGGUGUCCUCUGAGAACCUGUGGGAGAGAACAGAAGUGCUGGCAGCUGUGAUAGCAUGCGGAGUGGUGGGAUUCCUUUGUGCUGUUUUCCUCCUCCUCCUCCUCGCCUACCGUAUGAAGAAGAAGGACGAAGGCAGCUAUGACCUGGGAGACACCAAACUUUCCACAACAACCUAUCACAAAGCACCUACCAAGGAGUUCUACGCCUGAGCUGGACUUUAAAUGCAAUCUGCCUCCUCCCUAUCAGGACUGAGAAUGGAUCUAUGAACAACUGAAGACGAUUCCUCUUGAUGAAGUUUGAAGUCAAGCACCUCUUCUGCAGUGCUCCUUCCAUUUUCUUUCUUUCAUCUUUCCUACCUUCCUCCUCUGCUUCCCUUUCACAUCUCUAUAUGUGCUCAGUGUUUGUGAAGAGGUCAUAAGAGAACAAAUAAGACCAUUAAAAUAUAUUCCUAUCAUUCAAUUCCAGGAAGGGAGUUAGACAUUUAAAUACACAUUAAAAGAGGAAUCUUUUCACAAUGGAUCAUAACUGUUCUAGACUAGGAAACCAACUUCAAAGUAUUGAUAUCACUGUGCCUUUUAGACCUACAUUACUUCUCCCAACUGAACCACGAUGGGCCGGGCUUCCGUUCUGCUUUGCAGACAAAUUAAUUGUCUCAUUUAGCCUGAACUAUCCCAGCUCAGCUAAACAAAAUUAAGGAAGUUCACAAAAAAAUAAGAAUAGCUUUAAUGCAUUUUGAAUGCUGUUAUUAGAAACGGUACCACAUCGUGGGAUCCCUACAAAAAUUGAAACCUUCUUGCCUUUGUUUGAAGUCAAAUUUGCUCUGUUACAUUUUUCUUUGUUACAUUUCAUUUUCUGCAGCUUUCUUUGCUGAAUUGAAGAUUUUUUGUUAUGAGGAAUGAGUAUGUUUUUUUUUUUUUUUCAUAAGCUGUCCAGUAUUGAUAUGAGAGAUUUUGUUACUCUGCAGGUACAUAUUUUUGUUGUUUUCUCAGAUAUCUGACUUAUUAUAGAACUGACCAAAUAUAAAUGUGCUUUAUUUGUCUUUGGAAAAUUAUUUUUAGUAGCUUUUUCUGUGUUUUUUUUUUUUCUGUGGUUUUUUUUAUUUUAUUUUAUUUUUUUAUAAAUGUUUAGAGAUUAUAUCGCCAUAAGCCAUUUUUAAAGAGAUUUCAGUUUUGUCAUAGUAUUCAAACAGCCUUAAGAAGUUAAAAGUCCUUCACUUGCAUCUGUCCAACAUUAGUAAUAUUUUCAGUGACUAUUUUAUUUGUUGACUGAGUGCAGCAAGCACAUGGGACAGCAUUGCUAAGGUAGAGCCAAGGCUAAUGUCUAUAAUUCAGAAACCGUAAAAGUGACCAAGGUUUUCUGACGACAGCCAAACGCAUUCCUUUCCGACUGUCAACUGUAUACAGCUACAAUAGCAUGUUUGAAUUUAAGGGGACAGUGACAGCUUUUAGUGUCUAAAGUCAGGGCUUAUUCACACAGCAGGGUUGGAGAGUUAAAAAAUGCAAUUAAUUCUAGGUGUCUGUUUAACUCUCAACUGUAUUUGCUACUUACAAAUUCUUUUUAAUUAGUCACAAUGCUACUCUGAGUGUAAGCACGUCAGGUUUUAAACAUGUUUCCUCAUCAUCAGUCUUUACCUCAGCCAGCCAACCAAAGAAGCAGGGGAUCUUUUUAGAAACUUUUAGAGCUUCAGUAAGGAUACAGUUAACCGCAACGACAACAGGGUGGUAUUCCCUUUUGAGCAUAAACGCAUAUUAUUUUUACUUGUAUACACCCUGUUAAAUAUAUAUUUUAGUGAAAAUACUGGGGAUUUACCCUAUGUAUAGUCUUUGAUGAAUUUUAACCAGCUGCCUACUGCUUAUUAUGUGUCAAAGAACAAUGCUUAGCCUCUUAUUGAAGCAGCUCUAUUGGUGGCCUUACAAUCUUUAUGAAAAGGUCAAAUAAUUUUUUUAUUUUAUUUUUUUUUUAAGCCAAUUUUGGUUUUUAAGAUUACUGGAAUAAGCAGAGAGGUGUGGCUAUAAUUGAAUAUAGCCACACGUUCUCAUUAAAAUUGGUGUCAGAUCGUUUUAGUUCUGUUGUUCUGACUUUGUUGACUUUGACUUUAAUGUCACAUAGCAAACCAUUUAAUCACUAUAGGCAUUUCCUUACAGGAUUGUAAUGGCUAUUUUUUUGUUUUCAGAUUAUCUUGUGUCAAAGGUUACUGCCCCUAUCUGUUGCAAACGUUGUAGCAGCAGUUUUUUAUUAACAAUUUGAUUCCCUUCAUCAGGCAAUGUAACAUCAGUGAAAGUUGGUGUGUGAGUCUACAUAUAUCUUUUGUCCUUUAGUUGAGGCUACUUAAUAGUGUUUACAUGAUAUUAUUUCCUUUGCCAUAAUAGAAAAGACUAUUUUAAAGCUAGUCUAUUUUAUCUGAAUGCAAACUCAAACUACCUAUUGAUUAUGGCCUGAAUAAACAGGACGAUCUUAUCACUAACCCACUGUGACUUACUGUUGAUAAAGGUGAAAUUUGUUAGGCACCUGAAUCCUCAGUGCCUCAAGAAACAUUGUACACAUUCAUUUACAGUACUCUUUUAGAAUUCCAGCUGUGCACAACCACAAAUGUAAUAGUUAUGGGAAAACCCCUUGACUUGAUGUCUGUUGUCCAUACCAACAUUCAUACUGACAUAAACCAUACCCACAGAGGGUUAAGACAGCGGGUUAGCACUUGCCAGCAAUCACACAGGUGAUGACACACAAUAAACUUUCUUUUCAAGGAUCUAUGUAGGUUUAUAAAGUAUGUUGGUGAUACUAUAAUUUAUAUGUAUUAAUUUAUAUUUGCUUAGACAAUAAUCCAGGUUAAUAUGUCAGUGAUAAAUUUGGAUUGUACAGUAUUCACAGCCUCUUUGUGCCUACUGAUCAGUUUGUUUUAUAUUUAUGCUUUUAGUGUAAUUGACAAGCCUCGGUUCAAUUCAUUUUCAAUUUCAAUAUCAGUUGUGUAGCUUUCUAAAAAUUUCCUUUUUUUCCUAUGAAAAUAUUUCAAAUGAUCAAAGUAUAAGAAUAAGUUUCUUGUAAAUAUACUGCAACUUUCAUUUUUAUUUUAAUCAAAGUUGAAUAUGAAUUGACUGAAGCCUUGAUUUUAACAAAUAAACACCUACACAAUGAAGAGGACCAACCAAAAAUCAGUGUGGAAAUAAAAUGGUGACUUAAGCACGUGCGGUGGCCAAUAGAGAACUGUGUUGCUGAAAUUGUGUAACUUAAGAGGUUCACUACUGAAUAAAAGACGUGGCUUUAAUGCAAUUCUAAAA